UGGCUUUCUCAUUCUGAACAUUUGUGCCCUCUAGAGCCCUUUUCUUGCUCCACCUUGAAAUUCACAAGCUGCUUUAAUUGUCCUCCCUUCAGCUCUUCUCUGGGAAUCUUCCAUGCUAUGUUAUUUAUAAGUGCUUUCUUUGGCAGUAAGUGUCCAUGUCUGGUGGGAGGGGACUGAUGGACAUCUCCAUGCUCUUUCCACAUUACCAUGUUCAUGCUGGCUUCUCCUUUCUGAACUUUUCUGUUAGGAUGCUGCGCUAAAGGCUCCUUUGCUGCUGCUUCCCUUCACCUGCCUCUGACAGACUUGAAGUGAGGGCUGCCUUCCCAAAGGGUAUCGUUAGAUGGUGGCUUUUCUGACCAGAUGCACCUCAGAAAUGUAACAAUUCUUUUCCUGUUUUUAAGUUUUGAGUGGCUUUGAAACAAACAACAAAUACGAAAUCAAGAAUUCGCUAGGGCAAAGGGUGUACUUUGCAGCAGAGGACACUGACUGCUGUACCAGGAACUGCUGUGGGCCAUCACGACCUUUCACCCUCCGGAUUAUUGACAACAUGGGCCAUGAGGUGAUAACGCUGCAGAGACCCUUACGGUGUUCUUCAUGCUGCUGUCCCUGCUGUUUGCAGGAGCUGGAAGUUCAGGCACCCCCGGGACAACCAGUUGGUUAUGUUGUUCAGAACUGGCAUCCCUGCCUGCCAAAGUUCACCAUUCAAGAUGAGAGAAGAAUGGAUAUACUGAAAAUUAGUGGCCCCUGUGUUGUCUGCAGCUGUUGUGAGGACAUUAAUUUUGAGGUGAAGUCUGUGGAUGAGACUGCUACUGUUGGGAGGAUUUCUAAGCAGUGGACUGGGUUUGUGAAAGAAGCCUUUACAGAUGCAGAUAACUUUGGAAUCACAUUUCCAGGAGACCUUGAUGUAAAAAUGAAAGCUGUCAUGAUUGGUGCUUGCUUCCUUAUCGACUUCAUGUUUUUUGAGCAUGCUAGUGAUCAGAAACAGCGAGUAGGAGUUUGGCAAUGAAAUCUAGAACUAGGAAUCUAGAAGGAAGAGGAGCAUAAAUCUUCCAGCUUUCCAGUGGAUUGCAGAAUUCCAGUAAGAAUGUGGAAAAAUGUGCAUCUGGUGCUUGU